AUGCAGGCCGAUCAACCUCUCAACGCGGUGUUUGCAGUCCACGAGCUCAAGAUCGCGGUUAGGGUCCACACGAGUGAUAGAACGAUGCGGGGUCCGGUCACGAGCGAAGAAAUAUCGCGAGUGGUCAGGGAGCUUAUGCUCGGAGAGGCCGGAACCGAAGCGGCAAAGAAUGUUGCCGAGUUAUCGGUGCUGGCUAUGGAGUCCAUAUUGGCGAGGGGGUCGUCUUGGAAAGCAGUGGAGGAGAUGAUCGAUGAGUUGUGUGCACCCAACAUGCGUGCAAAGGUUGAGGCAAGCAAGGAGGAGUCGCGAGAUGUUUAA